GGGCCUGCUCCUUGCCUAUUUUACUGCGAACGAUCCGUGUCCGUCUGUACUCACUGUGUACUCAAGGCAAGGAGCUAUGGAGAUCGUCGAAACGAAGGUGAUUCCGGACGAGGAAGUGGGACUUUUGCAGCGUAAUGUGGAGGAAGUGGUAGAAAUACACGCCUGGAGAUCGCUGAGGUAUGUAGCUAUUACCGUCGUAGCUGUGCUCAUCGGAACAAUCUUUGGAUGCGCGGUCUCCUUAUACCUUUCUGGAGCUUAUGAUUUCGAGACAUUCGCUCUGGAGGCUACUGUCGCCCGACCGAAGCAUCCACUGAAUUUUUUGGCGGUGGGAGAUUGGGGCCGGGAAGGUACAUUUAAUCAGACCAUGGUUGCGAAGCAGAUGGGUCGUGUAGGACGGCAGCUGAGGAUCAAUUUCGUGGUCUCGGUGGGUGACAAUUUCUACCAGGCUGGUUUGAAAGGCCCGCACGACACGAAAUUCAAGAACUCUUUCUCGAAGGUUUACACUGCACGAAGUUUGCAAACGCAGUGGUUUGCUGUGUUGGGAAAUCACGACUACUUAGGUGAUACAUUAUUGCAAAUCGGGGACAUCCUUACCCAAAAAGACAGUCGAUGGUUUUGUGACCGGUCUUAUCAAAUCAAAUACUUUCUGUGUGGUACUUCUCACAUAGGGUACUGUUCGAAGUUCGUGGAAUUGUUCUUCAUAGAUACAACGCCUUUUGUAAACGAUUACUGGAGUGCAGCACAACAAAGGACAUUCGAUUGGAGAGGAAUUGAUCUUCGAGAAGAGUAUCUGCAUGAACAACUUCAGAAUUUGAACUCGACCUUAGAAUCCUCGAAAGCGAUAUGGAAGAUUGUCAUAGGACACCAUACGAUACGCAGUCUUGGUCGCCACGGUGAUACUCAGGAGAUGGUUAAGCACGUACUACCAAUCCUGGAGAAGCAAAAUGUUGACGUGUACCUAAAUGGCCAUGAUCACUGCCUUCAGCAUAUUAAACGAGAGGACAGUAAUGUUCACUUUGUCACGAGUGGAGCCGGAUCCAAGUCUUUUCAGGGCCUCCACGAAGGGCAACCUGAAGAUGGGCUUCAGUUCGGUUAUGACGGACAAGGUUUUGUGUCUGUGUCCAUGGGUGCCCAUGACCUCCGGAUUGAUUUCCAUGAUGCUCUUGGGCAAAACCUUUACCAGCUUGACCUUCAUAAAUGAGCACCACUCGGUAUAUUCCGCUGUAAAAUAGUCGUUAAGAACAAUAGUCACAGAUACACACUACUCCAUACCUGCUCAUUCAACAAUAUGAUUAGGUUCCGAGGAUUUUAAGGGUUGUAAUUUUUCAAGGUAGAGGUAUGUAAUCAGGUUCUUAAAUUUGAUUAAAUUAGAUUAAAUUUGCUAGGAUUGCUCUAGAGCAGCGAUGCUCAUGCACCGAACACUAAUUGACUACAAUAACCUACUUUUGGAAUUUUGAGUUCAUUCUGUUCCGACAGUAAUGUACACUACACGGAAUUAUUUUCUGCCAAUUGAAUUAAUUACUACACGUUAUCUAAA